GCUGACUUGAUCACAGCGCGUCUGCGCCUUUAAGAGGUGGAAAGCGAAACAAUAAAAGAGCAGUGUGUCAAUGUGCUAACAAUGAAUUUAAUCGAUAUGAUUUUGAUAAAACUCUUGUUUCUAUCUUACUACAUACAACGCACCGGAGGUCUGUAUGGAAACCCUCUGAGCAAGUACGUCCGGCACUAUGAGGGCCUGUCCUACGACACGGAGGCCCUGCACAGCAAGCACCAGCGGGCCAAACGAGCCCUCUCCCACCACGAUAAGUUCCUCCAUCUCGACUUCCACGCACACGGAAGACAUUUCAAUCUCCGAAUGAAGCGGGACACCUCCCUAUUUGCAGAGGAUUUCAGACUGGAAAUGUCAGGAGAGGAAGUACAUUAUGAUACCUCCCACAUCUACACUGGAGAAAUCUAUGGUGAAAAGGGCACCAUGACCCAUGGGUCCAUCGUGGAUGGAAAAUUUGAGGGUUUCAUCCAGACCCACCAGGGCAUGUACUACGUGGAGCCCGCUGAAAGAUAUCUGAAGGACAAGGACGUCCCCUACCACUCCGUCAUCUACCACGAGGACGACAUCAAUUACCCCCAUAAGUACGGGUCACAGGGCGGGUGCGCUGACCACUCUGUGUUUGAGAGGAUGAAGAAGUACCAGGCUUCCGCUGUGGAGGAGCCUACCCAGGUGAGUCGUGUACAGGAGGAGCGAUCCGAUGGGCCUGUUCUUCUGAGGAAACGGCGAGCGGCCCAGGCCGACAAGAACACAUGCCAGCUCUUCAUCCAGACUGACCACCUCUUCUUCAAGUACUAUGGAACCAGAGAGGCAGUGAUCGCACAGAUCUCCAGUCAUGUGAAGGCAAUCGACUCAAUCUAUCAGAGCACAGACUUCCAGGGCAUCCGGAAUAUCAGCUUCAUGGUGAAGAGGAUUCGGAUCAACACUACUGACGAUGAAAAGGACAAAUCCAACCCCUUCCGUUUCGCCAACAUCGGGGUGGAGAAGUUUCUGGAGCUGAACUCUGAGCAGAACCAUGACGACUACUGCCUGGCCUAUGUCUUCACGGACCGGGACUUUGACGACGGAGUACUGGGCCUGGCCUGGGUUGGGGCCCCUGCAGGAAGCUCUGGAGGAAUCUGCGAGAAGAGCAAGCUCUACUCAGACGGCAAGAAGAAGUCCCUCAACACGGGCAUCAUCACGGUGCAGAACUAUGCCUCCCACGUCCCACCCAAAGUCUCACACAUCACCUUUGCCCACGAGGUCGGGCACAACUUUGGGUCCCCGCAUGACUCCGGGACGGAGUGCACCCCUGGAGAGUCAAAGAGCCAGGACCUGAAGGAAAAGGGCAACUACAUCAUGUACGCCAGGGCCACGUCCGGAGACAAGCCCAACAACAACAAAUUCUCCAUCUGCAGUGUGCGAAACAUCAGCCAGGUCCUGGAGAAGAAGAGAUUUAACUGCUUCGUCGAGUCUGGCCAGCCCAUCUGCGGGAACGGACUGGUGGAGGCAGGUGAGGAGUGUGACUGUGGCUACAGUGACCAGUGCAAGGAUGAGUGCUGCUACGAUGCCAACCAGCCAGACGGCACCAAGUGCAAGCUGAAGCCCAACAAACUCUGCAGCCCCAGUCAGGGUCCCUGCUGCACUGCGACGUGUGGGUACAAGACCAGCAAUGAGAGGUGCCGGGACGAGUCCGAGUGCGCCCAUCAGGGCAUGUGCAAUGGGGCCACCGCCCAGUGCCCCACGUCCGAACCUAAGGCCAACUUCACCGCCUGCCACGGGGAGACACAAGUGUGCGUCAACGGGGGCUGCUCUGGCUCCAUCUGUGAGAAGUACGGGCUAGAGGUGUGCACCUGUGGCAGUGAGGACGGCAAAGACGAGACGGAGCUGUGCCACGUGUGUUGCAUGGAGAGGAUGAAGCCCAACACCUGCAGUAGCACUGGCUCAGAGAAGUGGGCCCUCUUCUUCAACAAGAAGAUCAUCACACUGCAGCCCGGCUCGCCCUGCAACGACUUCAAGGGCUACUGCGACGUGUUCAUGAAGUGCCGCCUAGUGGACGCCGACGGGCCGCUGGCCCGGCUCAAGAAAGCCAUCUUCAACCCAGAGCUCUACGAGAACAUUGCCGAGUGGAUAGUGGCUCACUGGUGGGCAGUGCUCUUGAUGGGCAUCGCUCUCAUCAUGCUGAUGGCUGGCUUCAUUAAGAUCUGCAGUGUCCACACCCCCAGCAGCAACCCCAAGCUGCCCCCACCCAAACCCCUGCCAGGCACACUGAAGAGAAGGAGACCCCAGCACGCCAGCGCCCCUCCUCAGCCGCAACGUCACCACCACCACCACCGCCAGCCCAGAGACAACUACCAGAUGGGCCAGCUCAGACACUGAGCCCGGCCGCUCUUUGCCUUGGUUCUUCCUAGUGCCUACAGUGGGAAAAACUUCACUCCAAAGAAUUACCCGCACCAUUGCCCCCCCCCCCCCCCUCCCAGCC